CUCAGGUAUGGCACUAACCUCUGUUGUUUUAGCUGAGGUUGAGGAGGGAGGGUGUGUGGCUCCCUCAAAGACAACUGGCGGCAGUUAGCUCCAUUACUAUGGCUUCUUCAUUAUUCAUUGUUUCAUUGAUUAGUUAAUCUCUUUUAGGCAAAGGUAGAGUUUAACCAUAAGACCCUUAAUAUUUGCAGAGCCAUUCGUAAAAAGAACACAGGUCAAUAUAAAUAUAAAGGAAGUAAUGCAGAGUAUAUUCAAGCUGAAUCUAAUCCUGUAUCCAUAAUUAACUAUCAAGGUAGAAACUUCUAUUAUAACAAUGGUAUUUUAGAGCCGUUAAACAAUGAACUGCACCAAACUGGGAUAAUGCUGUAUAGCGCCGUGGUACUCCCUCCUCCUCCACAAUACUCUCCUUCGGUUCCACAAUAUCUUCCUUCUCCUCCUCAAAUUCCACCUGCUCUCCCUGUGCCACAAUACAAUAGCCCAUGCUUCUUUCAAUAACUCUAUAAUAAUAAUUAACAAUGUCUCAAUAAUGAUGAAUUCUUUUUACCAACAAUAACACACAGUGAUAAUGACAAGUUAUUAUGAUUGUUAAAAGUUAUUAAUUUGGGUGUGGUUGCCUGUUAAGAUGUCUCUUAGACCUGGUGUGGUGGAUUUUGACGAGAAAUGGAAAGACUUGAGUGCCACAAUAAGUGCCGUGGUGGAGCUGAGGCCAGUAAAAAGACUAACCUGGAAUAAUAACAUAUCUGAUAUCUAUGCUUUGUGUGCUGCACUCCCUAAAUCUUUUGCAGAGAAACUUUACGAAUCAACUCGUUCACUUCUAGAGGACUCGGUCACUGCACUAGCUGAGGAGAUAAUAUUGUUGGAUUCAAGAUCAUUAUUUUGUCGAUAUCAUUACAGCUGGUCCCUUUACCGCCAGGGAGCUCAUUAUUUGGACAGUUUAUUUUCAUAUUUUAACAGAGUUCAUCUCAAUAAGUAUAGACCUCAGGAUUCUUUAGAUUACAAUGUUCCUGGAAUUAUUUUACCGCCAACUUCACCAGUUGAUCCAAACGCACCAGUAGAAAUUAGAAAUAUGUCAUUAAAAGUUUGGCGCACAAGAAUGAUUGACGUCAUUGAGGAAAAAUUAAUAUCAGCUGUAAUCAAUGAAGUUGUUAAAGAAGGCAAUGAAAGGGAUUUAGGGAUGGCCCAUGAUGUCUUACAAUCAUUUAUUGAAGUUACGGAAUAUGAUAAAGAGAGACCUUAUGGGUAUUAUCAAAGAGUAUUUGAAGACGUGUUUCUGUCAGAGAUAAGUUCAAUAUAUCGUAAACUAGCCUCACAGCUGGUAACUGACCUCUCCUAUCCACAGUACAUCAAAGAG